GUGCAGCACCUUUCACUCAAGGGUGAUCUGUGUGGGUGGCAAGACGAUAUGCAGGGAGAAGGGGGUGGGGUGGGCCACUCGGCUGGUAGAGCAGGUUUAAACCACUCAGCCCCUCACCAGCUAGAAGGUCUAAAAGUAAGGGAAACAAACGAGGCCCACGUGACUGAUGGAGUCAAUUGCCACUCUUUCUCUGAAACAGGACCCUGCAUGUCGCAUUCGCUUGAAAGACAUUCAAAGUCAUCCCUUCUUGAGGAGUGCAGCGGUAGGGGGAGAUGAUCUUCGGCAGCAGUCUCCUGAGUUUGCAACCUGUGUGGUCAGUGUUCCAGAUCGUCAUACGGAUGUGUCAAGCUUGCCAAGUACUGCACCCAAUCAGGAAUUGUCCCAUAAACCUGGAGCAAUUGUUGUCGACACUAUUCAUACAAGUUCGGCGGACGAGAAGAUAGGGAGGGAAUCGAUGCAUUGUGAUGCAUUCAGUACCUCAGGCAUGCAUGGUAAUGAGCCGAAUAACAUUGCUGGAAGUUACAGUGACCAGUCGAAGUCGAUGUUCUUGGAUGUGGCCGAUGAUGAUGCUGCAGAAGAAUGGGGCCAUGGGAUGGUACUGCCUUGUGGCUUUGAGAAGAGAAUCAAAGUCCCUGUGCCAGCGUCUGCUCUAUCAUCUCGGGCCACCCUCCCAAGUUGUCCACUAUGCACUGAACGACUAAAACCCCAGACACACCAGACAUCAUAUGGCUGGAUCGGGAUUCUGGCAGAUGGCCAGGUAUGCAUAGCUCAUGAAGAUGAUACUGAGAAGGACUCAUCUGAGAACAAUGGAGCAGAAGCUGAAAGGCAGGUGUGCGGCAUGGGAAAGACCAGGAAGGAGUUGGGAGCCUUUUCUUGCGGAGCAAUAGAGAGGCAGUGGAUGGGAGGGGCGAGAGAGGAAGGAGAUGGAGACAACAGACGAGGCAAGAGGGAUGGGGGGGCUGCAAGGAGCCGUACAAUCCACACACUGUUCUUUGUAUCGAGAGAUGGGUUGGAGGUGCGCAUGGAGCAAGCUGGGAGGCCGUCCUGUUCCUACAGAUUUCCUUCCUUGCCAGGGUCUCUUGUUCCUUACUAUGCGCAUGCAGCUGCCUUCAUCACUCUGGUGGCCUCUUAUACACCAAAGGUGGUCUACCUCUCUGGGAAAGCACAGGCAACAAGGAUGGAGAAUGGCGAUCUGGAUGUGCGAUUUACGGACAGUGGUCCUGUAUCUUUUAUUCAUGUUGAUUCUGCCAGUGGAUCCGUUGCACUUGUCACAAGGUCUGCAUCUUCUGUCACCCUUCCUUCUCUGUAUUGCAGGCAACCUGACAUUGCAGGAGGCAUUGUGGGUCUUCUGAACCGCAGAAGUAGUAAAGCCUCAAGCACAAUCAGAAUGGAGACAAUUGCUGGAGGAAAACAGGAUGAUGCAGAGACCUAUAAGAAACUGGACAGUGGAAUGGGCAAUAGAUGCACAAAACAAGACACUGCUCAGGAGGAGGAAAAACGAUUUUGGGAUGCCGUCUCAUUUGCGCGGAGAUGUCAUCGAAAGUGUGCAGAGGCGGAAGCACGUGCACUCUUGAUGAAUGCAUCAAGGAAGUUUCCUAUUAUUCUCAGGAGCCAUCAGUUGCAGUCAAAAGAAUGGAAAGUUCCAUCACCACAGGGUGUUUCUGUAAGUUCCACUCACUGUUCAGGAGGGACGAGUUCAUCUUCAGCUUCCGUCCAUAGGUGCUCCAGAGAGGCUUCCACAACCAGUGUUUCAUCAGGCUUCAGUUCAAGUUCCACCUCGGCAACAGAGGAGGCUUUGUUGGCAUCUGGAUCUCCUUGGGCAUCACCAUGCAAGGGCCCAACAACGUGCUUAUCCCCCUCACAGAUGUUUAACCCUUGUACUAGCCUGCAACAGGGUCAUAGGAUCGACAAUAUUAGCAAUGCUAUCACGGAGGAGGGAGGAAUGCAGUAUCGACAAUGCAGUGAGGGUGCGGUCUGCACAACCCCCUUAUCCCCAUGCACUCCUCUGUCUCCCACACCCUCUUCUCAGUCCUCACUUUCAGACAAGACACUCCUGUCGUGCACUUCAUGGGUCAGGAAUCCUGUGAUCCAAUCCCUUUCUCUCAGUUCCAGCCCCACAGCUUCUGUGUGCACUUCGUGGGCAUCAUCAGGAUCCAUCACAUCAGAACAUGUACAUACGCAUGCGAGUUUGAAUCACCGUGAUGGGUUCAUAGCAGAUAGAACACCCAGAAUUAAGCAAGCAAAUGGCACAACGGAGCAAGGAGCUGUGGUGGGCGAUAGUGGUACCCAAUCACUGAAGUUCAAUGACAAGCUUGUGGGUGGUGAGCAGUGGGUAUACACAGGUCAUGAGAAGAGCGUUGUGUGCAAGAAUGAUGAGAACUCACAGCUUCAAACAGGAGGGAGUAUUUCACAAAGGAAACGAGGAGAACACACAGAGGGACUGGGUACCAGCAACAAGGUAUCCGAAGAUGGGGAGAACGCAUCCAGAGCCUGCAGGGAACAGGCUUUAGCUGAUGCGGGUUGCUUUGACCAGGGCAACAUGGUUUCACGGUGGGACAAAACUGUCCAAAAUGGUAGAAAUGCAGACAUGCAAGAGGAGGGAAGAGGGUCUACUAUUCAUGCCUCUGUUGAAAGUGUACCCAGAUUCGCUGAGGGAAGAACAAUGUCGUUACAUAGAACGUCCUGCAAUGCCAGGUGUGAGGAUUCUGAAGACAGGCAAGGCAUGACUUGUCAUAAGAGGACCUUGCUGCAGGGCAAACAUGGGAACAUGGGACGAACAAAGGGCUCCAGAAAGCAAUCAGAUAAGCUUUCUUCACCAGAGAUCAGCGAAGCAUCACUGCAUCAAUCGCAGAGCGCACUUCUCAAAUCAGGCGACAGAGUGGUUGAAGGUGCUCCAUGUUCAGUUGCAAAGGGGGAAAUUCCAGAUGCCGACAGUGGGUUUGCCUGUGCAAGACGAGAGGUGAAAUCUGGCAUGCGCGAAGAGUGUUUGUCCAUCCGUUGCCCACAUGGCCUCAUGCCCCAGUUCCCACAUGGUAAUGGUCCCAUUGGAGGUGGCGAACCGUCAACCUGUGGACAAGCGGCUUCUAGCAACAGUCAGCACAGUGUUGCACCUUCUGUUCAUAUUGCAGCUCACAUGGGAUGCUCUGUCUCAAGAUCAGUGGAUGAUGUUGAGAUUGUGGGCAAUCCGAAUAAAGAGUUUCAGCAUUCCCAAUGCAAGUCCAGCAGCACUGAGGGGAGAGUGAUUUGCAAGGCCAGGAUGACGAAGCAUGAGAAAUCAGUUAUUCGUAGCAGGCCUGACCAUGCCUCAUCACCUGUGUUUACGUUAGGACUUGAAACAUUGGCAUCCACAGAACGGAAUGCAGCACGUUGCAAGUGCAGGGGGAGAAGCUUCCUACUACGGAAGAGCUGCAGAACUCGCGAUACUUGGAUGAAUGCUCAGGUGUUGGGCGAUUCACACACUCAGGCGCCAGGCAAUUGCCCGUGUCCGACCUUCUGUGACCAAACUGUGGGCAGGCGUCAGCCUCAGCAUGACAUCAAAUUCAACAGUCGCUCAUGGCAGGUUUCUGAGAAAAAGGGCUUUCAAGAUGACAAUGUCGCUUCACCAGGCGAGAACACUCCAGGAGCAGGUGAUGAGCAUCGUCAACGAUUGCUUCCCUCAUGCAGCUCAAGGAUGCCUCUUUUUUCUCAAGGCAGACAACGAUUCCAAUCGCCACAGGCCUCUAUCGUCCACGGUAUUGCCACCCACUUAUCAUGUCCACUUCGGGCAAGGGAGGUAGAUCCAGAGUUGGAUACCACUGAAAGAUACUCAAGGGCAGCUGGUGCGUCCACGGGGAAUGUUCUAUUUGACCAAAGUCACCUUUUGGGACACAAUUUUACGCUGCCAAUCAAAGCCCGUGCUAGGCCGGAUAAUGGUGAUCUUGCCAAAUCUGGUCUUGCUUGCAGAAUAUGUGCUGGAGGACAAGGUUGUGGAAAACUCUGUGCUGGCCACAGGGAUCAAGUUGUCCAUUCUGAUAUUGUCCCAGAAGGAGGGGAUGGUUCAGAGCAUGAAUACCAAAGGUCACGAGGUGAGCUCAAGCCACAGGGUGCUGUUGAUUGGUUGAGGGAUGAGAUCGUUUAUUCUGAGGACGAUGUCCGCAAAGAGGGUAAGCAGGAAUACAGAGAUCCUAAAGGUGAGGCAGAGCCAUGGGGUGAUCUUGAUUGGUCGAGGGAAGCGAUUGUUCACUCUGGUGGUGACCCAGAAGAGAGUGAUGACCUGAAGCAGGAAUAUCAAGUGGCUCAAGGCAAGGCACACCUUCGGGGUGUUGUUGACGGCUUGAGGGAUGAGAUUGCUCAUUUUGAUGACAUCCCAGGAGAGGGUAAUGAUUUGAAGCACGAGUACGAAGUCCGUGAAGAGGACCCAAAUCCACAGAGUGUUACUGAGUGGUUUCUGAAGGUGGAAGAUCGGGUUAAAAGAUUGCUCAGCAUGGAAGAGAGCAAGGGGUCAAGAGCUUCUAUGAACGACUGUGUGCCUCUCCCAGAGGGAAUCCAAGUGAUGUCAGAUAAGGGGGAAGAAGGCCUUAGCAGUUUUUCUGUGCUGGUCAAGCCCAAGCCAUCAGAAGCUUUCCCUGCCAGAGAGGACAAUGCAGCUGGCAGCUAUGUGUAUGAAGCGGGAUCUUUGGUGAAUAGUUUGGACAGAGGAAUUGAAUGUCAAAGCACCUACUUGCAAGGGGUGGGGUGGGGAAUGCGCUUGCCAUCGGGUGAAAUCUUCAUGCAGUAUCUGGACGGCUGUCAGGUACGAUUCUUUUCGCAUGGUCACUUCCAUUUGGCAGAAAUAUCGUUUUGCUUUUGUCAAAAUCAUGAGUAUGGGAAGCGUCUUAAGAACCAUUUACAGGGUGUACGCCCCCUGGUGGCUGAAUUGUACAUGCAUGUAAACUUGUAAAGUGUUGAUAAUAAGCGGACCACAAUUGCAAUAGCGCUAGAGGCU